ACUUUGGGUCUUUCUUUCUUCUGGAGUGGAGGCGGUGAUGGCGACGAACAAUGGAGACGUUUUGAUGCUAGAGGCGGCGCCGGAGGCUACGAAGCCCUGGGCGAGCGCUGCGAACGCAGAAGUCAUCGACGCGCUUCCUUAUAUCGACGAUGACUACGGCAACCCACUCAUCAAGGCGGAGGUCGAUCGCCUUGUUGAGGAAGAGAUGCGUCGGAGCUCGAGAAAGCCUGCCGACUUUCUCAAGGAGUUGCCUCCUCUUCCCAAGUUCGAUUUCGAGAACUGUCCUGUCCUUGGCAAAGAGUAUGAGCGUGUUCGAGCUGGGAAGCCUCCAGUGCGGAUCGAUUUUGAGUCCCGGUACAAGCUUGAACUGCCGCCUGCUAGUAAGAAAAAUGAUGAUGCUGCCUGGAAGCAGUAUCUUCAGAAGAAUCAACGGUCAUUGCAACAGAAGAUGAUCGAGCUUGAGAAUUUGGAAAUGAUGUCAAAACAGGGCCCUGAGCUUUGGAGACAGAACAACCAUCGGCUAGAAGUAUUCUUGACCAGAAUGCAAAAGCUAGCUCAGGAGCAGAACGAAGAAAUUGAAAAAGUAAAUCGUGAAAGGAAGUAUCAUCAGCAAACCACUGCGUACGAGCUCAAUGCACUAUCUCAAGAAUGGAGACAGCUGUGCAUGAAGAAUAUGGAGAUUCAGUCUGCUUGUGCUGUGCUAGAGACACAGAUCGAUUCGUUCAAAAGGGAAGCUGCUGAAAGAGGAUGGAACUUAGAAGAGAAACUAGAGAGUGUCAAGCCGCUUUAACCGCAGUGAGGCAACCGCUGGGGUUGUUGGCCCCGCUCUUUGCUUGCCUUUACUGAUAUGUUUAGGCAUAUCGUUUACGAUUUCUUAGUGAAAAUUAUGUUUUUAACCUUUGUAACGAUUAUCAUUUCUCUGUUAUAAAUUGAAUGUUGGUUUAUCAGAUAUUAUAAAGGAUAACAUUAUGAUUUGAUAAGAA